AUGUCGGCCAGCAUCGAGAAGCAGCCCGACUCACCCGGCGCUGCUACCGCCACCGAAGCCGCCGAAACCAAGCCCGGCUUCUUUGGUGGAAUCAAGCAGUCGCUCAAGGGCGUCACCAGGUCUGGUCGUCGAGAGGCGCAGGCAAAGGCCCUGGCAGCCGAGCUUGAGCGUCAGCGCAAUGUCGAUCCCCGUCCCUUCCCCUUGCGUCCCAUCGAGCUCGCCGAUCUGCUCGACCCUAAGAGCGUAGACAAGCUCCGCGAAAUGGGCGGUGUCAAGGGCGUCCUCGCCUCUCUUGGCACAGACGAGCACCGCGGUCUCGACCUCGGCGGAACAAAGACCAUCGAGGCCGGCGCCGGUGCUCACGACAUCGAGAGCGCUCCCGCUACCACCGACUUGGCAAAGGCCCGCGACGCCAACUUCGUCGACGCUUCCGAGGAGGACCGCGUCCGUGUCUACGGUAACAACGUCCUCCCAGAACGCAAGUCCAACAGCCUUCUCCUGCUCAUGUGGCUCGCUCUUCAGGACAAGAUCCUCAUCUUGCUCUGUGUCGCUGCCGUCGUCUCGCUCGCCCUUGGUAUCUACACCAGCACGCUCCCUUCCGAGGAGAUCGCCUGUGUCGUCGAUGGCGUUGAAACCCUCUGCAAAGUCGCCCACCUUGACUGGGUCGAGGGUCUUGCCAUUCUCAUUGCCAUCAUUAUCGUCGAUCUCGUCGGUUCCGUCAACGACUACCAGAAGGAACGCCAGUUCAAGAAGCUCAACGCCAAAAAGGAACAGCGCGACGUCAAGGUUUUGCGUCAAGGAAAGCCCGCUCUCAUGUCUGUCUACGACGUCGUCGUCGGUGACAUCCUCCAUCUCGAGCCUGGUGAGAUUGUACCCUGCGACGGCAUCUUCCUCCGUGGUCACAACGUCAAGUGCGACGAGUCGGGCGCUACCGGUGAAUCCGACAUGAUCCGCAAGGUCACCUACGACGAAUGCAUCGCCGAUCUCGACGAAGCUCGCCGCAACAACGAGAAGCCCAAGAACCGCGACUGCUUCCUCAUCUCCGGUUCCAAGGUGCUCGAAGGUGUCGGCCAGUACGUAGUCAUCGCUGUCGGCCCUACCAGCUUCAACGGCAAGCUCAUGCUCUCGCUCCGCAGCGACGCUGAGGACACUCCCCUCCAGUCCAAGCUCAACCGUCUCGCCGAUCUUAUCGCUUGGCUCGGUUCCACCUCCGGUAUCGUUCUCUUCACCGCUCUCAUGAUCCGCUUCUUCGUCCACCUCGCACAGGAACCCGGCCGCUCCUCCAACGACAAGGCGCAGGAUUUCAUCGACAUCCUCAUCAUCGCCGUCACCGUCGUUGUCGUCGCCGUGCCCGAAGGUCUGCCUCUUGCCGUCACGCUCGCUCUUGCUUUCGCCACCAAGCGAAUGACCAACAUGAACCUGCUGGUGCGUCUCCUCGGCGCCUGUGAGACCAUGGCCAACGCCAGUGUCGUCUGCACCGACAAGACUGGUACCCUGACUCAAAACGAGAUGAGCGUCGUUGCGGGCAGCAUCGGUGUCAACUUCAAGUUUGCCGACCGCCUCGAGGCCAACCGUAAGCGUGUCGAGACCGAGCACGAUGCCGCCUCAUCCACCCAGACUCGCAUCGUCGAGCAGGCCGAGCUCAACAGCUCGAUCAGCACGCCGCUCCAGAGACUCCUCAACGACAGCAUCGCCAUCAACUCGACCGCCUUCGAAGAGGCCGAGCAGGACGACGCCGACAAGGACGCCGCCGCCAACACUGCUGUCGCCGUCAAGAAGCACGGUCUUUCCGCUCUGUUCAGGUCCAAGAAGGCGUCCGCCACCGCCGAGAAGAAGAAGGAGGGCGGAUUCGUCGGCUCCAAGACCGAGACUGCCCUGCUCAAGAUGGCCAAGGAGCUCAAGUGGGAGGACUACCGCGCAUCGCGAGAGCGUGCCGAGGUGGUGCAGAUGAUUCCCUUCAGCUCGGAACGCAAGGCCAUGGGUGUUGUCGUCAAGCGCCCCGAAGGUGGAUUCCGUAUCUACCUCAAGGGUGCCAGUGAAGUCCUUACACGUCUCUGCACCCGUCACGUCGAAGUUGCCGAGACCGACACGGACUGCAUCCAGAUCGAGGAGCUCGACGAUGCCAAGCUCGAAAAGGUCAACUCCACUAUCACCGGAUUCGCCAACCAGACUCUCCGAACUCUCGCGCUUGUUUACCGUGAUCUCGAAUCGUUCCCGCCCAAGGACGCCAACCGUGACGAGAACGGUGACGUCGAGUACGCCUCGCUUGCUCAGGAUCUCACCUUGGUCGCUAUCGCCGCGAUCGAGGACCCUCUUCGACCGGGUGUCACUGACGCCGUCGAGGCCUGCCGUCGUGCAGGUGUUCAGGUCAAGAUGUGCACUGGUGACAACGUCCUCACUGCCAAAUCGAUCGCAACCCAGUGUGGUAUCUACACACCCGGAGGUAUCGUCAUGGAGGGACCCGUCUUCCGCAAACUCAACCGCGCCGACAUGCUCGAAGUGGUUCCCAGACUGCAGGUGCUGGCUCGAUCGUCGCCCGAAGACAAGAAGAUCCUCGUCGAAUCGCUCAAGAGUCUCGGCGAGGUGGUCGGUGUCACUGGUGACGGUACCAAUGACGGUCCUGCGCUCAAGACGGCCAACGUCGGAUUCUCGAUGGGCAUCGCCGGUACCGAAGUAGCCAAGGAAGCCUCGGACAUCAUUCUCAUGGAUGACAACUUUGCCUCGAUCGUCAGCGCCAUCAUGUGGGGACGCUGUGUCAACGAUGCCGUGCGCAAGUUCCUGCAGUUCCAGCUUUCGGUCAACAUCUCUGCCGUCGUGGUCACAUUUGUCACCGCCGUCGCCUCCUCGGAGGGCACCUCGGCGCUCAAGGCUGUACAGCUGCUUUGGAUCAACCUGAUCAUGGACACGCUCGCUGCUCUGGCUCUGGCCACUGAUCCAGCUACACCGGAUCUGUUGGACCGAAAGCCGGACCGUCGUUCUGCUCCGCUGAUCUCGACCAACAUGUGGAAGAUGAUCGUUGGACAGUCGAUCUUCCAGACUGCCGUGAUCCUGGUGCUCAACUUUGCGGGCAAGAGCAUUCUGAACCUGGGAGCGGGUAGCGACACGGAGCUCUCGGCGAUCGUGUUCAACACUUUCGUAUGGUGUCAGCUGUUCAACCAGGUCAACUCGCGUUCGCUCACUCAGAAGCUCAACAUCUUCAGCAAUCUGCACAAGAACCCUUGGUUCCUGGGCAUCCUGGCUCUCGAGAUUGGCUUCCAAGUGCUCAUCAUGUUCGUCGGCGGUGCAGCAUUCUCUGUGACUCGUCUCACUGGACGUGAUUGGGCGGUUUCGAUCGUGAUCGGUUUCGUCUCGUGGCCUUUGGCUGUUUUGAUCCGACUGAUCCCUACGCAGCCGAUCGAGGACUUCCUGAUCAAGAACAGGAUCAUGUCGGACCCGAACGCGCUCCCUGCGCCCGUUUCCGAGUCCGGCUCGGACGACGGCAAGGCUGCGCGUGCACGAACCUUCUCGGAGUGGCUCCCGGCAGUUGGACAGGUGGGCGAGCAGCUCAACUCGUUCCGCAGCAUCCGCGGUGGUCGCAUCAGCGCCAGUCCGCGACUCUACCAGUCGCGCGAACGUCAGCUCAAGUCGGCCAACUUCCACCACCAGAGCGUGCUCGCCAUGGUGCCCGGAUUUGUCGUCGCCAGCAUCGGCGGCAACUGGCGCUCGGCUCCCUCUGACACCUCGAGCGAUGGCAAGGACAAGAGCAAGUCCGCUAAAUCGCAACCCCAGCAGCAAGCGUCCAACGAACCCACCGUAGACUCUGCGACGCUCUUCAAGGACGGUAAGCUCACCUUCCACCCCGACACGCGCGAGGACGACGAUCUCCUCCGAAAGUUCAAGUCCGGCUUUUGA